AUGAGCACUUCUAAUUUAAGAACUGCGUGCUAUAUUAUAGCUGCAAUUAACAACAGCAGUAAUUACAAUAAACUCAACUUCCAACUUUAUGAUAAAGAAUUGUAUGAAACUAUAGCUAACGCUUUCAGACACCAAAUUCGAGAUUGCAAUCUUAAAACGUUCCACAACUUAUUAGGCAAGAGCCUUUCAGAUACAUUUGAAGCAAUUUUUCAAAGAAACCCAACUUGAAGCAGAUAUAUAACUCCGAAAAUAGAAAGUUUGCGCUUACCAGAAGUAUCAACUAAUCUAAAAGAUGUUCUUUUUGUUUAUAAAAGAACGUCUAAAAUGAAUGCAAAUAUUUACGAAGGCGAAUAUAAACUAAUAUCCAGUUUUAAUGAAAGGCAAGCAUUUUGCUUAUUUAACGAGCAGUGGUAUGAUUGCAACAGUAAUAGAGAAUUAUUAAUAAAAGGAUUACCUGAUUUCACUUUUCCAGCAACUUUGGUUUACAUGAGAGAUAAAACAAAGCCUUUGAUAGCUAACAACGUUGAAAUAACAUCUGAGCAAAACCGAAGAGUACAACAAUUAACAUUUGAGAUUAAAUCAAAUGGAAUUGCUAAAAGAAAUACUUCAGCAGAGCCUACUUCUGUUUCCAGAAACCUUUCCAGCUCUCCUAAACCAUUAUCACGGGAGCAAAAUUAUAAUAAUAUGAUUAUAAUAUCAGAAGUAACAGAAAGAAGAUAUAAUAAAGAAGAAGUAGAAAGAGGUAAUAUUUUCAGAGAUAGAGAAACUAGCAAGACUGCUGAUUCUGACUCUAAAAUCGAUCAAAUUAUAAAAAUAUUUAAUGAAAGAUGCUUAGAUAUUGAGACAAGGUUAACAAAAAAUUUUGAAGUGAAACUCCAGAAAAGUUUAGAAAAAUACAAACAUGAAGAGUCUUUAAAACAUCAGCAAGUAAAUAAAACCAAAGAAGAACUAUUUAACUCUGCAGUUAAUUAUGCUCAAAUGCAACAGGAAAAAAUGAUGAAUAUAAAAAAUGAGCUUAUAAAUUUAGAAAAAAAGCACUUUGGUUUAUUACAAAUUUUACCUAAGGCAUUAAAUUCUUUAGAUGGCAAACUCAAAGAAUUUGAUCUUAAGCUUAAGAAACUUGAUGCUUCGAAAAUUAAUAUAGAUCCUGAGAUGAUUAUUAAAGAAGCAGAAGUAAGGGCUUAUAAUAAUUUAAAAGCAGCUAUAGAUCAAAUGGAUAAAAAAUGAUACCAAGAAAUAAAAUCAAUUAAAGAUUCUAAAAUUUCAAGCUCUGCAAAUGAUUUAGAAAUACCGCAAGAGUCUAACCAAAAUACUAAAUGUAAUCAUCUUGUAUUAGAAAGCGAUCUUAAAAAUGAAAUUAGCGUUCUCAAUCUUAAAUAUGAAACUUUAUCAAGAAAUGCUGAUUAUUCUAUCGCAAGUAAACUGGAAAAAAUAGACCAGAAAUUUAUAAACAUUCCAAGCAAGCAAAACAUCUAUGAAAAUUUAGCAAGUCUUCAAACUAAAAUUGAGAGCUGAAAUAAAGCAACAGAAAAAAAACUAAAGGAUUGGGAAGUUUUAUUAUUAGCUGACCAAAAACUUAAUGAAGAGAAAAUUGAUAAGCUGAGGAAUGAUCUUGAUGAUAAAAUUCAGCGAUUAGAAAAUAAAAUAAAUUCCAAAAGUCCAAUCGAAUUCAGUUAUUCUCAAUUUGUACCUAGUAAUCAAUUUAUAAUAUCUCCUCAGCCAAAGAAUUCAGUUAAAGAGUUUAUAAAUAUUCAGGAUAUUCAAGAAGGAAGGCAUUAUAUUAGCAGCAGAAAAGCUGGCAAAAGUUUAAAAGAUAAUCACAGUGGAUUAUUCAGCAAAUCUGGGCUACCUAAUAUAGGGAAUACUUGCUAUAUGAAUUCUCUUAUUCAAAUAUUUGCAAGUGCUACUGAAUUUGUUGAAUAUAUAAAGAAUUGCCCCUCAGAUAAGUUAUUCUACAGUUUGAGCCAACUUAUUGAGUUAAUACAAUCUAAUUCUGAUAGCUAUUUUAUAAGACCGCAUAUAAUAGAAUUGAAAAAUAUAAUUUCAGAAGAAUACUCAAAGGUAUUUUUUAUUUAGCAUAUGUGAUCAUCUAAAAAUGAUGCAAAAGAUCUGUUUGCUAUAAUUUCAGAUAAAGUUGAAAAUCGAGAUCUUUUUACUGUUGUCAAAAAUCAAUCUUUUACCUGUCAACCUUUUCAACAUAAAAUCUAUAAUGAAGAUUGCUCAAAUCUUAUAAUUAUUCCAACAAAUAAGCAAAAUGAUAUAGAAAAAUUCUUUAAAGAAAUAAAAGAACAGGAAAUUUAUUCAGGGGAAAAUCAGUUAAAUUGCGCAAGCUGUGGAACAUUGAGAGAAACUAUAAUGCAGACAGAACGUAUUCAAUUGCCAAAUAUAUUAACAAUUUAUAUGCCAAAUUAUCAGUCAUCAGGAGAAAUUCCAAGCUUAUUUCAGAUUGAAAAUAAUUUUUACAACCUUUUCGGAAUCAUAUGUUUUAAUGGAAAUCAUUUUAUAGCAUUUACUAAAAAUAAUGAAAAUGAAUGGGAGAAGUAUGAUGAUUCUGAUGUGAUUAAAGCAGAUCCUGAUUGGAAUAGGCUUUAUCUUGCAUUUUAUCGGAAAAAUAAUUAA